AUGAUCUGUCUAUCCUAUCACAAGUGUUAGAGCUAAAGGAAAUUGUGUGCUGAAUGUAUUGAGGAACAUGGAGUGGAUUUAAAAUGCAUGGUUUCAAUAAUAAAAUUUUAAGAUAUGAUGAGAAAGAAAUUCGAAGACUCUAAGUUUAAUGAUUCAUCUGAAUUAGCAAAAUAGAGGUUGAAUUUUAAAACAUUGCUUACAUCAACUCAAAAUAAGUUUAAAGUAAUUUGGGAUGGAAUUGAAGAAUCAAUAAAACAGAUAUAUGAUUUCCUAGAGAAGGAAGAAAAAUUCUAUGAAUUUGAUUAAAAACAAUGA